GAGACUUUCAUACUCAAGUAACUCACUCACCUGGAAACCAACCCAGAAGCUCAACCUACCAACACCAUGGUCAGUUCCUGUUGUGGCUCCACCUGUUGUGGUCCAAGUUGUGGCUCUGGCUGCUGCACCCCAUGCUGCUGCCGCCCCAGCUGCUGUAUUACUAACUGCUGCCGCCCCAGCUGCUGUGGGUCCUGCUGCUGCCAGCCCUGCUGCCGCCCCAGCUGCUGUAUUUCUAGCUGCUGCCAACCCUGUUGCUGCCGCCCUAUCUGCUGCACAUCUAGCUGCUGCCAGCCCUGCUGCCGCCCCAGCUGCUGUAUUACUAGCUGCUGCCAGCCCUGCUGCUGCCGCCCCAGCUGCUGCGGGUCUAGCUGUUGCCAACCCUGCUGCCGCCCCACCUGCUGCUACAUCACCUGCUGCAGAACCAACUGCUGCAGACCAGCCUACUGUGGAUCUUCUUGCUGCUGA